UGUUGUCUUGAAACCUGAUCAUAUUCUCUUUCGCGUGUGCUCUUAGAUUCUCUGAGAGUUAGCUCUCUUACAAAUGCAAGUGAAGUCUCAACUUAGGCAGCUAGCAAAGUUAGAGUCAAUCUUGUGAACGUCCAUUUGCAAUAUUUAAACUGAUCGUCUAUCGAGUGACGAUAUGGUUGAAGGAGGGUGUGUCAUCAUACAUGAAAUCUAUGAUUCUGAGGAUGCACGUGAACAGUUUGAGGCAGAUUUGGAGAGAGCCCUGGAAUCACAGUGUGGCAUGAUUGUUAUUGAACCAACAAUGAUUGGCGAAGAAACAGCUCGCUGGAUCCAAGUUGGGAAUUGUUUACACAAAACAGCUGUUAUUUGUGGACUUGGUUGUUUCAUUAGUCCUUGGGUGCUUCCCAGAAUUGUCAAAGAGCCCACCUGUUAUGUAUUUGGUGGAGUAAGUGUUUUCUGUGCUGCACUGUAUGGUGUAUCAUGGCAGUUCGAUCCUUGCUGCCAGUAUCAAGUUGAAUAUGACACUAGAAAGUUGGCAAAGCUACCUCUUAGUAGCCUAACAUCAUCAUCUCCUAUUGUACUGGUAAGAAAAGAUGACAAGUACCGCAAAAGACUUCACAAUGUGGUGGCAGGUUGUGCCUUGGUUUACUGUGGCUGGAAGCUUUAUAACUGGUAUUGUGGUUAAUACAGUGUGGUACUUUUAUGGUGAUAGUAUUCAUAUGGUGUAAAGUGUUUUAGAAAAGAUCAUGAUGAGGUAUUAAAUGUUCAGGGUUGGAGUCAGUUUUGAAGAGGUCAAUAUUGACCAUGUGACCUCAUGGGGCAGUGGGUAAUUGACAUUUAUUUAUGAUGGUGUUCAAACAAUGUAUAAAUUGUGACAUUGCCAUGCCAACAUCAUUCAAAGAGUGAAGAUCACACUGUAUGCAUAUCACCUUUAAGUACCAGACACUGGUCUUUUUUUUUUUUUUUGGAGCAGGUCUCAAAGUAGAGAAAAAUGUGAUUCAUGCCCCUAUCAAGGCAGAAAUUUUCUGGGUGUAUUACACAGUGAUUAUAAUUUAUUUGUGUUAAGCACAGUUUUGAAGAUGCGAGAUUACAACAAGACUGUUACCUCUUGACCCUUUCAACUCCCAAAAGUGAUCAAGACAGAAUUUCUCCUUAUAAUUUCAAUAAAAUACCAAUCAGCCAAGGGACAAGAAGAAAGGAAAAUAUCAAUUAGGGGAUUACAAGUCAAUCCAACACCACAUUUUCCGAACUAACAUCUUAAGAACCAUCUAGCAGACAGUAAGAAGAAUUUCUCUUGAGAUCUUGUAAGUGAAAGGAUUACUGGAACCCAGAUGCAUCAAGGCUUCCUUUUCUCUGUGCAUGGAUUGUUGAAAACAUGUUGGGUGCCUGGUACAUUAAUUUUUAUAAUAGGCCCCAUGCAUGCACACUGUAUGUGUCACAAUACCAAAUUGAACUACCAAGCCUUGCUCAAGGUGCAGACUGCUUGGCAAAUUUUUAUCACAGAUAAUUUCCAAAACACUCAAAUCAAAAGAAAAAUCAAUGAAAACAACAAGAAAGGGGCAGAGAUUCAUGAAAAUUGUGGUGUAAAAAAUGCGUGGGGAGACCUUUUAAUGAACAAUAUCAUUGUGCAUAAAUGCCAUGAAAAUCAUUCAGACCUCCAGUGAUAGGGGUUGUAUGGCAGGCUAAAGGAUAUAUCAAUCUCAAUGAACAAUUUAUUAUAAAAAGAAACCAAAAAAUAAGAUGUAAUGAGGUGGGUUACUUUCAAAAAUAUCUUUUAGUCGUCCUUGAAAUCUGUUUGCAUUGUGGUUUAUUUCUUUUUACCAGUUCAAAUAAAGUUGAAUUUACAUUUUAA